CUACAAUUAAGGAACCGUCGCCGCCGCGCGCCCCUGCCCUCGCCGCCGCCCGGUCUCGCCUCGACGCCUCCCAUAGCGAUCUGCUUACUCUUUUAAGCCGGUGGCCGGAGCUCCGGCGGCCCUCUCCCUCACCGGAUUCGGCGCCCUCUUCAGAGGAUUCGGCGCCCUCUUCAGAGCCCUCGCUAACCUGCUCGACCGCUCCCCACCGCCCGCGGUCAUCUCCCACCUCGCGCGACCGCCGUCCUCUCUUCACCUGUUGGUCGCCCCUGUCCUCGCGACGAAGACGCCGCCGCCAAGCUAUCCUCUCUAUCUCUCUAUCUAUCUAUCUAUCUCAUCAGAUUGAUAUCAGCUGAUCAUCCCUGGCUGUGUAGUUCCAUCUGCAAUGGUUUACUGCACUCAUUGCGCUGAUUACUGCCCCUCCAUAAAGGAUCCUGACAAAGGAUACAUAUGUUGUGGUACAUGUGGGAAGGUUCUUGACCAGGAGGUAUACACUGAUGAGCCUACUUUUGUUAAGGAUAACAAAGGGCAGAGUCGCUUAGCUGGAAGUAUUCUUGAAAGCAUUGAGUCUGGAUAUUCAAUGUCUCGUCAAAGAACCUUAGACAAAGGGAGGGAUGAGAUUAGGCAGAUUGUCAAUAACUUACAUAUCAGCGGUGGAGAAACUAUCGUUAGCAAGGCAUUUCGCUUCUACGAGCUAGCUCUCGACCGUAAUUUUACCAGGGGGCGUAGAACAACACAUGUUGCAGCUGCUUGCCUUUACAUUGCCUGCAGGCAAAGUAAGAAGGCUUAUCUUCUUAUCGAUUUCUCUGACCAUCUCCAAAUAAGUGUCUACGUCCUAGGUGCUGUUUUUCUUCAGCUCUGCCAAGUUUUGCAACUUGCAGAACAUCCAGUUGUUCAGAAACUUGUAGAUCCCAGUCUUUUCAUCCAUCGUUUUACAAAACUUUUGCUGGGAAGAAGAAAUAAUGAUGUCUCGGACACAGCUUUACGCAUUGUAGCUAGCAUGAAGAGAGAUUGGAUGCAGACUGGGAGGAAGCCAAGCGGAUUAUGUGGUGCAGCAUUAUACAUUGCUGCACUCUCUCAUGGGUGUAAUUACACCAAGGCAGAUAUUGUCUCUGUUGUGCAUGUGUGUGAGGCCACUCUAACGAAGCGAUUGAUAGAGUUCGAAAAUACAGAUUCUGGCAGCUUAACAAUUGAAGAAUUUCUGGCAACAGCUGAUGAAUCUAAUGAAGAGCCUGUUUCAAAACAUUCGCCCAAGUCUGGAGAAAUUCUCUGCAAACACAAGGAUAAAGGUUUUGAGCAUUUUGCUCAUGGACUUUGUGAAAAAUGCUACAAUAAGUUCACUAAACUGUCGGGUGGACUAGAAGGUGGUUCUGACCCUCCAGCAUUCCAACGAGCUGAAAAGAAAAGACUUGAAGCUGCUAAAAGGGCUGAAGAAGCUGCAGCAGCUAAGGAGGCAGCGCUGGAAGAAUCUCUUUGCGACACACAGAAUUCUGAGGUUGAGAGUGCCAUGACUCCUAGAAAGGGUUUAAGUGGAGAUAAAUCUUCGAAAAUGGGAUCUGAGGGACUCAUAAAUGACUCUAUGCCACCCAAGGAUCCUGAAGAGGGAGGUGAAAAUUGUGAAGGCAAUGCAGAUCCAGAAAGCCUUUCUGACAUUGACGAUGCAGAGGUUGAUGGGUACCUUCACAAUGAGGAAGAAACACAAUAUAAAAAGAUUAUCUGGGAGGAAAUGAACAAAGAGUACCUUGAGGAACAAGCAGCCAAGGAAGCUUUGGCAGCUGAAUUGGCAGCUAGAGGGAUUGAUCCAGAAGCGGGAAAGAAAAAACGAAAACGUAAUGAAGGCACGAAGAGCUCGACACCUGCUGAAACACCAGCAGAAGCCACGUGCAACAUGCUGAAACGGAAGGGACUUGGUUCAAAGAUCAAUGUGGGAGCUGUUGACGAAUUGUACAAGACUAAAGAUGAAGUUGGCAGCGCAAACAAUGAAGAAGAGAUGGAGUUCGACGCACUGUUUGGGCCGGACAAUGCUGCCGGUGAGACGGUCGAUGACGGUUACAAUUACAACUAUGGGGGAUACGACGACGAUGGCGCAGAAGGCUACAAUGGCCUUGAUGACGAUUUCGAUUUCUAGGAUGUAGGAGUAGGGCAUUUGCAGAACGGCAACGCUGACCAGCACGGGCAAGAUUCUUCACGUGCACAUUAUAUAUAGUUUUUUUUGGUUAAGUUUCGACGAUUAUUAUGGAGCUCGAUUGGGUAGUC